GUAGCAAUUCUUAGGUAAACAGUGAAGUGAGACAGUUUAAAGAGUGUGGUUAAAAAAGUGGUGUGAAGUAGUGAAUCACCAUGUCCACAUCAUAUUCAAUGACUCCGGAAAGCGAUGCAUGGGCCCUUCUCGCUUUAAAAUCGGCUCCCGCUAGUCCUUCGAAGGUACAGUGGAGCCCCGACGUAAAAGGGGAACCGAUUGCUCGAAUAGAAGGCCGCGAAUUUGAGUACCUCGUUCGGCAGGAUCGGAUUAUUAUAGGUAGGAACAGUUCACGUGGUGAUGUAGAUGUAAAUAUGGGACAUUCUAGUUUUAUUUCGCGAAGGCAUUUAGAAGUUUUCUUCGAACACCCUUAUUUUUACAUGCUGUGCAAUGGAAAAAAUGGUGUAUUUAUUGAUGGAGUAUUUCAGAGGAAAGGAGCCCCUUCAAUCAAGUUACCCAAGACGUGCACCUUUAGGUUUCCCAGUACAAAUAUUCGAUUAUCGUUUCAAUCAUUGGUCGAUGACAAUUCGGAGCCUCCUCCUAAAGUUAGGGAAGUUUCGCCGAGCAGGAUAAGGGAUCGUUCAGGGGGUGGAAGCGGGUCUACGCUCCACCCUCUGAGAAUCAAUAUCCCCGAUGGUGUAGACUAUGGUAGCCCAUUCCCUUCGCCUACUGGUACCAUAAGUGCUGCCAAUAGUUGUCCAGCUAGCCCACGUGGUGGGCACGGAUCUCACAGCAGUAAUCAUGGUAAAAGAAAUGUUCAAGCAGAUCUGCAAAUGGUAGCCCAAUAUGCUGCUCAAGUCGCCCAUCGAGAUGACACUCAUCAUGUUCCUCAAAGCCAUAGUCCUGAUUACAGACAACCUACUUCAAAUGGAAACUCGAUGCCUUCCGUUGUGGUAAGCGAAGUACCAUACGGAGCAAGUAGUAGCAGUAAAGAUGAUUCAAAGCCGCCAUAUUCUUAUGCGCAGCUUAUAGUACAAGCAAUAGCAAGUGCACCCGAUAAGCAGCUUACCUUAUCUGGAAUAUAUAGUUACAUAACAAAGCACUAUCCUUACUAUCGUACGGCCGACAAGGGUUGGCAAAACUCAAUUAGACAUAACCUUAGUCUUAACAGAUACUUUAUUAAGGUACCAAGAAGUCAAGAAGAACCAGGUAAAGGUUCGUUUUGGAGAAUUGAUCCUCAGUCUGAAUCGAAAUUAAUUGAACAGGCAUUUAGAAGAAGGAGACAGCGAGGCGUCUCGUGUUUCCGAGCACCAUUUGGUUUAAGUUCCAGAAGUGCCCCUGCUUCUCCUUCACACGUUAGUAUGUCGGACAUAAUGACGCCAGAGUGUUUAUCGAGGGAAGGUUCCCCUACGAUGGAGCACCUUGUUGAUAUCAGUCAGUCGGCACCAGGAAGUCCCGGUAAUCCGGUCACCGCAUAUGCUGGCUCUGGAGGUAUGAUAGGUCAUCAACAAAUGUCGGCAUUGGUAGGUGCCACUAAGGCUAGAUUAUUGUUGCCUCAUCCUGUUGACAAUAUUACAGAAGUUACUACUUCCAAUGGGCAAGAAUAUAGAGAAGAAAAAUUCAAUAUUGAAGAAAGGUCAAUGUCUCCAGGAGGAUUUUCAUCACAACCUGUUAUAGUUCAAGCUGCAAACUAUGCUUAUAGCACCGGACAUUACUCUAACAUUGGUAUGGAUUUGAAGAGGCAUAUGGACGAACAAAGUGUGGGAAGUCCCUCUAGUUCUGGAGAAAAUUUAGAUGGAGAAAUUGAAAUUAAAAGACCCAGAUUUGGUCAAGUCAAGUUCGAGACGGAAUAAAAUUCCCGAUAGUGAAAAUCGUCAGCGAUCUUAUUGUGCUUUAAAAAAUUAAUUGGAAUCCAUAGAGAUAUGGAACAAAACUCACAAUUUAUCGAAAGUAGAUUCGUCAUCAUUUAUGUCAGACAUGUUUAAUAAUAGUAUUUUCUCUAUUUAGAAAGUAUUUCUUUAUUAAUUAUCCCAAAGUAAUUCAUGUACAGUGUCUGCCAAAACUUAAGAAUUUAAUAAAAAUCAAAGCUAAGUACUUCUAAAUUGACAGAAAGUUUUUAAUGUCAACGGUAGGAUGAAUAUAUUAACUACAUUUCCUUAUUUCGUAUCUUAAAACACUUCUAUAGUCAUUUUACUAUAAGUACCAUUAUAAUAUUAUAAUACGCAUCUAAUAAUCUUAAAAAGAUUAAUAUUUGGACCUAGUCCUACAAUAAAUAAAUGAUGCCUCAUAUUGAUUUAUAAUUUUAUACAAAGUACUACUUAUAAAUUACUAAAGUUGAUUUAUGAUAUACGAAAUAACGGAUAAAUAAAAAUAAGCUCAACACAGAUUCGAACGUUGUUGCCAAGUCUUAUUCAAAGUCAACUAUUCAACAUGGGGUUUCACCGAAUCUCUAAAAUAUACAUUCUGUGUAAUAUUCAACAUAAGACAAGUAGGUUAGCUAUAUAAAAUUAUUCUAUGUACAAAAUGUAUAUUCAAUUAUUAUGAAAUAAAAGAAGGUACACACAAUACAAAUAUUAAAUAUU